GUUUGAUUUCGGGAACAAUUUUUUUUUAAAUACUUCCUCAUUAGCUAAUUAAUAUUUAUAACAAUAAAUUUAAAAAUAUGUUAAAUUUAAAUAACUAUGUAAAUUUUUUUGUUAUAAAAUAAAUUGUAAGUAUAUUUGUUUUUGGCAAAAUUAACUUACGAUUUAUAAUCGGGCGGCCAUUACUGAGCAUCGUAUAACAGAAUGUCUAUAUUGCGAGUGCAACCAGUACUCAUGUUUAUUGCAAUGUGACGUCACAGCUCUAAAUGUCACGUGACUGAUUGUUUUCGCGAGAUAAAUUAAAUUAAUGAAAAAAAAUUUGUUAUUUUUAUACUAAAAUUUUCUGGAGUAAAAUAAAUCUGAUACUGGUUUAAUAACAUUUAAGAAGUAAUCAGUCAGAAGUACGGUUUCAUAAAAGCAGUAAUCUCUACCUCAUCGCACACAGGUCUGCAUACUUGUGGUAAUCUCGGCCCCGACAGCCUUCGUAUCUUCACCUCCCAAUCAACAAUAGCGUCCGUUUUCAAUGUACCCUGCUGUUACCACUUGCUCACUGAGGAAGUGGAUGCAGAGUUAUUCGAUGUCUUUCAGAAGGAUUAUGGAUCUUGCCAGGAGACGAGCCAAGGAUUUCCAAUGUCAGAAUAUUUGAGAGGUUUCAAUUUAGGUCGUAAUGCUCGUAUGUUGGCAGCACAGUCAUUUGACAGAGUUGUUCAUUCAAAGCAGAUACCAUCGAGAAGCUUACUUUACAGGGCUUUACUUCAGGUUAUAAUUAAAAAACACUCGCCAGAUUUCCCACUCGCUGAUGGCAAAUUAAAACGCAUCACCGCCAAAUGUCAAACUUUCGAGCAAUAUUUCAAAAUGGCCGACGCCAUUUUGAAUUUGGAACUCUUUGAUAGACUUCCGAGUGAAUAUUUACAUGAUUUGUGUAAUGAUAUCGAUGUGCAAUGGAAGAGAAUUGUAUUAUUUUAUUUACUAAGACUUUGUUUAGCGCAAGUUGUAGAGAGUGUUAUACUGUUGGACAGAUUAUUGUAUUUAUUUGAGAACGGUUUUAAGAAUGUGUAUUUGGUUAAGUUAUUUGAUCCUGUCCUGUCACCUAGAUGUCACGGGCUCGUGGCUUUAAGAUGAAACAACAGUGAAACAGGUUGUUUAAAAUUGCGUUUCUCAAAUUGAUUUACAACUUUAACUCAUUUCAUUUAAAGUGCAAAAUUAAUUGGGGAAAAAAAGAAACCUGUAAUCUGAAGAAGAAAUAACAUUUACACAUAUUGAUCCAAAAUAGAACAUUAAGAAUUAGCAACAAUACAAAAACAAUCUGAUAUGCUGUCGAUUGUACAACAAGCUAUGAAAAAAUUCUUUAUAUAUUUGACUCUUUGUUAUGUACUAUUAAACUAUGUACGUAUAAAAAGAUAAGCUAUGAUAGAAAUAAAACAUAGAAAUAGUUCACUGUUAUAAACUCUUUUCUCUUUUACAUUUCGUAUUUUUCAUAAAUUUGUGAAGACUUAAUUUUUGUUA